AGGCAAAUAAUUAAUAAAAAAUAUAUAAAUAUGACUGAAAUUGUAAUGCCCGGAGAUCGUAUCCCAGCUGCCGAAGAAAUGGGCAAAUCCAAGAAAGUUAUCCUCGGACCCGGUUUAAGGCGGCAAGAUGAGCAUGUUGUCGCAUGUAAAGUUGGUAUAUUACAACACAAGGAACCCAAUACCUUUUGGGUGGAUAGUUAUCAACGUCGUUAUGUUCCCGUACGGGGAGAAUAUGUAAUUGGUGUUGUUACCUCUAAGGCGGGUGAUAUAUUCCGUGUCGAUAUUGGUUCUUCGGAACAGGCUGCCCUCCCAUAUUUGGCCUUUGAACAGGCCACAAAGAAAAAUCGUCCCGAUGUGAACACAGGCGAUUUGGUAUAUGCCCGUCUGGUGGUGGCCAGUAAAGACUUCGAACCCGAGCUGGUGUGUGUCAACUCAUCGGGUAAAAAAGGCAAGCUGGGUGUAUUGUCCGAUGGUUUUGUAUUCAAUUGUAGUUUAAAUUUGGCCCGUAUGAUUUUAAGAGAAAAUUGUCCGCUGCUGGCUGCCCUCACCAAAGAGAUACCCUUUGAAAUUGCUGUGGGUUUAAAUGGACGCAUAUGGAUUAAGGCGAAAUCUGUGAAAGAAACAAUAGCUGUGGGUAAUGCCAUUCUGGCGGCCGAGCAUGCAUCAAAUGAACAAAUUUCGAAGAUUUGUGAAAAUAUUGGAAAUAUAUUAUUUAUAUGAGGAG